AUGUCCUCAGAGGUGGAUUUCCCCUGGCUGCCGUUCUGGAGCAGCUCGGUGUCUUUUUUUGCGUCCAGGAAAUGGUUCGUCGUCGUCUGCAGUGCCAGAGGAGAGCCAAGCGUUAUAACGGGAGAGAAGCGCGAGACAAGUGCCGCAACACCUGAAUUAUUUAUGUUGACUUCCGCACUGGGUGAACAGCUCUCACGCAAAUUGGAUCUAUUUGCACUUGCACAGGAUCCAUGCGUUUUGUACUUGAAGUUGAAGGUUGCUUUUAUCCCUGAAAAUGACACGGACUCGCUCGCCGACUCCUCACUCGCCUCACGUGACCCGCCUCUGCUGGUGCCUCUCACCCGUCACUCCGGCUCUUCGUUCCCCGUGCCACCAGUGAGCGUUCCCUCGGUGCCUGAGUCGGACCCGCUUUACCUGCGCUCUCGCACCGCUCGCACGGCUACGCGCUUCUCAGAUUCCCAGUCUCUACAAAACGAAAUGAAAAUGAAGCUGAGCCUGUUGGUGCUGACCGGGCUGGUCGCCGUGGCAACGUCCAUGACGGUGUCGAUGAAGGAGGCGGCCGAGCUUCCCGAGGAACUGAAGCCCAUCGUGCCCGGCGGCUCGUGGUUCGACGACAUGGCGGUGGAGCGACUGCGGAAGAAGCACGAGGAGCUCAGAGAACUGGGUCGUCUGGAAUCGCACGAGCACAGUGACGAUGACGAAGAGAUGUUCAUCAUGGCCCGCCUCGGCUCGCAUCCGGUGGUGAAGCUGCCCGAGGGAGAGGAGGCCGCGGAGAAGCUUCAUGACCAUCACCACAAUCAUGACCAUCUGGCCAGUCAGAAUACCCGUGAGGCCAUGAGGUCGUUCCUGCGCCAGCAUUCCUUCCAGAAGAAGAAGGUCGCGUCCCUCCACGAGCACGACCUCGAGGACUCUGAGGCUGGGAGCGGGCCGGAGGUCGCGGCCUCGAAGGAGUUCAUGGAGGUGUACGAGAGAGAGCUCAAGAAGUUCUUCAGCAAUUUCAUGAGUGCAAUGUUGCAGGCUGAGGUCGGAGGAGUGAGAAUCGAGAACCGAAGCGAGGAAGACAAGGACAGUUUGAACGGACGUCCGAAUGCGGUCGCGUCUCCUUGAGGAGUCUCAGCGGCGCAGAUCCUCCAAGCGACGCCUGGUUACCUCCCUUCGCUGGUUACCUCUCUUCACCUCCUUGCACGCCGCAGUGGUUCCCAAUGGCUCCUAGUUUCCUUCCUUCGCUGGCUGACCUCCUUCACCUCUGUCGAUGCCGCAGUUUGUCCCAAUGGCUCCUGGUUCCCUCCUUCGUUGGCUGAUCUCUUUGUCCUCUCCUUCGCCCCCUUCCACGUCGUACCUUGUCCCUGUGGACCUGAUUUCCCUCCUUCGUUGCUUGACUUCAGUUCUCUAUCCUGCCACUCCUCCCGAAUUCUUCCUUCUGUUCUCCUCGACUUUGAGGACCAUCUCCUCCUAAACGUUGCUUCGAAUCUUUCAUCUUCCUCAGCUCCAGAUUUCUUGCUGAUUUUCUUCCCGAUCGUCUGCGGGUCGUCUCAGCGUCGGCCAUUUUUCUCCCCGAUUUUCUUCCUGUCCGAUUUUCUUCUCUGAUUUCGAUCGUUUGAUUCUUUUCUUCGCCAUUCCAGUGGCUUCAUCGGUAUUAUUUGUGGAGUGUUCGCGUAUAUAUUUUUUUCUGAACUUUGUGAGUCCUGAAGGUCCAUUUUUUCCCAUGAGAUUCUAUCGGUCAUUUCUGUUAUUGAUUUUUCUUUGAACAUUUUCUUUUCACAUCUUUGCCAUUCUAAACAUAAUUUUAGCCUUCCAUUCCUUGAUAGACGCAAUACGAUCAGCUGUUCCCUGUCCCCUUCCUACCAGAUUCAUGUCAAAUUCAUUAUUUAUUUCGCAAACAUGUACAUAAAAAAAAGUGUCCGAUGGCUUUGUGUAUUAGUAUGUUUUAUCUAUAACUUUCAUUAUAGGAAAAGUAAAAUUUACCAAAAUUGUUAUAAAACAAUGUUAUCCACGGCGUUCCUAUAUAAUAUAGCGAUCUCCUCUAUCACGUGAUGACCUACUUUCCUGAACAGUGUUUCCAAGUUAAAGUACGAGCAUAAUAAUGUUUUAGUGACUUGGUAACACUAAUUAUUUUUCUUUCUCCCUUCAGUGUACUGAUGUAUGUAUUUUGUUCGUCUUAUCACUGCCUUUUGUAAACAAGAAUCUUUAUAUAUAUAUAUUUAUUUAGCUAGAAUAGAUUUAAUUUUAAGCUCACUGUAGAGAUAUAAUAUGUAUAUCAAGAAAUGUAGAAUUAAAGUGCAUUUACAGUCAACGAAGAGUACUGUUAUAGAUCUCUCUUUCUGUAUGACAACUCAAAGUUUAUGUGUGUUUUUGUAAUUCACAAAACCUCAUUACAGAAAGACUAAGCAAAGCACAAUGUAUAGGGAUUUGGGAAGCUUAUUUCAGCCCUAGAAUAAAUUUGCAAAUGUGCA